AUGGAGAAGUUUUUGCGCUCCUGGCGUCAGGAUGCGUUGAACCGAGGCCAGCACGAUGCGGCCAUUUACAUUGGCGACAAAGUCCUUGCGUUGACCAAUAGCGAUUCGGAUGCCUUUUGGCUGGCCCAAGUCCACUUCUCCAACAACAACUACACGCGAGCUUUGGCCCUUCUAUCCCGCAAAGACCUCAUCUCGCGAAGCACCGCUUGUCGCUACUUGGCUGCCCACUGCUACAUUAAACAGAACCAAUUCGAACAAGCACUGUCAGUGCUCGGUGAUCAUAAUCCCACCCACUUGAUUCGCAACAAUAACAGCCGUCGGAAACUGCAGCAUGUCAAUGGAAGCCAUGUCACUCUGCGCAAUGGCAAGACAACCUCUUCGCGCGGCGAGGAGCGAGACAAGGAAGAUGCCAAUAAUGUUCGAUUCGAAGCCGCCAUGUGCUAUUUACGAGGUCUCUGUUUCGCAAAGCAGAACGCUUUUGACCGUGCUCGUGACUGCUACAAGGAUGCCGUGCGCAUAGACGUUCAAUGUUUUGAAGCCUUUGAUCAGUUGAUGAAGAACUCGCUCAUGUCACCGACGGAGGAACUGGAGUUUCUGGAAUCUCUCGACUUUGACUCCAUUACUUCCCCCGACCCGUCUACCGCCCAGGAAGCCGCUCAUUUUACCAAGAUGUUGUACACCACUCGUUUGUCUAAAUACUCGUCGCCUGCUAUUCUUUCAGAAGCAACCGAGACUUUGUCGACCCAUUACAACCUCGCACAAAACCCUGAUAUACUGCUGUCGCGGGCAGAAGCUCUUUACACGCAGUGCCGUUUUGCUGAAGCCCUCGAGCUGACUUCGUCGGUUCUGUCGAGUUCCAACUCGUCCAACACGUCGGCAACGGCAGCCUCGGCCCAUAUCCCGGCUCAAAACCACUUGGGCCACUCUCCGGCUGUUUAUCCCUUACACCUGGCGUGUUUAUACGAAACAGGGGCUACCAAUGCGUUGUUUCUUCUGUCUCACACAUUGGCUGACCAUGCUCCUGAGGAGUCAUAUACUUAUCUUGCUAUUGGAGUUUAUUAUCUAUCGGUUUCCAAAAUUGCAGAGGCACGGCGAUUCUUCUCUAAAGCAUCGUUGCUGGAUCCGCAUUCAGCACCUGCGUGGAUUGGAUUUGCUCACACCUUUGCUGCUGAAGGAGAGCAUGAUCAAGCCAUUGCCGCGUACAGCACUGCGGCUCGACUGUUCCAGGGCAGCCACUUGCCCCAGCUAUUCCUUGGAAUGCAACAUCUGGCCCUGAAUAACAUGUCGCUAUCUCAUGAAUACCUGUGCGCCGCUUAUGCUAUGUCGACAGGUUCUCCUUCUGGGACCGUCCCAACUAUUCCUACUAACCCAAGCGGCGGGUUACCUGCAUUAGGCGGCGACCCUCUGGUGAUAAACGAGCUCGGUGUGGUGCUGUACCAUCAGAACCAUCUCGAAGGUGCUGUGGAGUUGUUCCGUCAAUCGCUCGCUUUGGCUUCUACUCUUCACUGUGAGCCAGGUGCCUGGGUGGCCACGCGGGCAAAUCUGGGCCAUGCAUUGCGCCGCACAGGGCGUUUUACAGAGUCUCUGAUAGAGUUUGACGAAUGUCUUCGGAUUGGAGCUGGAGGUGCGAGCUUGGGUUAUAGCCCGUUUCUAGGUGGUAGUGGCGCUGGUGCUUCCGGGGUCGCUUCAUCAGGCGUUGGAGGUUAUGAGGAUCGAGGUUUGAUUGGGUCCCUUCACACGUCCCGUGGCUUGGUAUUGCUGGAGCUUGGGCGCACAAUGGAAGCGGUAACGUCCCUCCAUGAGGCGGUCCGUGUUCUAGGGGCUAGUGGUGGCGGUGAUGCUGCCGGUGGUGCUGGUAUUGCAGGCACUCUUCUUUCCCGUGCAUUGGAGAUUUGGGCCCUAGAAAAUCACGAAAAGGAGAAAGCAAUGCCCGAAGAGCCGGCAAAGGCAGCCAGCAGCCGGGGCUCGGACAGAUCACGUGAUAAAGGAAAGGGGAAAUAUGCGUCCGAAGAAAGAGCUAGACGUCGUGGGGCGACAGCGGAGCGGUAUGCUAAGGAAUGGACAGACGAAGUUCCACACGUCGAGGUAUCGACUGCAGAGGCGGAACCAGAGACAUUGGAAGAGAAGGUAGAGAUGGAGCUGGAUGACGAAGCUGAUGGCCUCUUGCGAAAUGCGCUGGGUCGAGUUCGAGGUGGACGGCAGCGACGACGACCUGGGGCCAGCCCUGAGAUGGAAUUCAACGAAACGCCCGCACCGGCAGGAGGUCGCAGUCGAGGAUCACGAGCACCGCGGAGUAAUAUGCGACAGUAA